AUGGCCGAGAAGCUCGUACUGCCCGGUGUGACCCAGAAGCCCGAACCACAUAUCUCAGAGAAGGAUGCAGAUGUGACUUUCGGCCUAGUGAAAGAAUAUGGAGAUUCAGCUGGCCUCACCCUAGAUCAGGAGGGCGUACGGAGACUCAGGCGAAAGCUGUACUACGGCCUUGUGCCACUCUUGUUGGUCAUCAACUUGAUGCUUUUCAUCGAUAAGGCGACCCUGGCGUAUGCUUCCAUCCUGGGUUUGUUCGAGGAGACUGGCAUUGGCAAUGGACAAUAUAACAACCUCAACACGCUCUUCUACGCUGGAUAUAUCAUCGGCCAAGUGCCAGGCCAUUACCUCAUCCAGCGAGUUCCUCUUGGCCGCUUCAUGGGCGUGACUAUCUUCCUCUGGUCGGUCAUCAUCUUCCUCCACUGCACGGCAGGAAGCUACGGGGCCUUGGUCGCCCUGAGAUUCUUCUUGGGCUUUGUCGAGUCGGUUGUUGUCCCGGCAAUUGAAAUCACUAUGGGCAUGUUUUUCGUCCCACACGUCCAGGGCCUCCUCCAACCGCUGUUCUGGAUCUCCUGUAUGGGCGCGCCCAUCCCCGCAGGUUUCAUCGCGUAUGGUCUCUUGUUCAGCCACAGCUCGGUGUUACCCUGGAAGCUCUUCAUGAUCGUCACCGGAGGUUCAACUUUCUUUCUUUCGAUCCUGGUCUUCUACAUCUAUCCGAACAACCCAGGCGAGGCAAGGUUUUUAAAUCUCCAAGAGAGACUGUACCUGGUCAAAGAAAUCCACGAUACGACUACGAGCUCUAUCGAAUACAAGAAAGUCAAAAAGAGCCAGCUGCGUGAAGCCAUUCGAGAUCCCAUCUCGUGGCUCUUCGGGCUCCAGGCCUUCACACUCAUGAUCUCCAAUAACAUUGCAUACCAGCAGAAUCUCCUCUUCGUCGCCAUAGGUGUCUCCGACCUCGGAUCUACACUUGUCAGCACCGCGGCUGGUGGCUUUGCCGUCGCCUGUUGUAUCGUCGCCACCAUUCUGCUCCACUAUUUCCCAUGGCGCAAGGCCUAUUGGGGAACUAUCUGGUGCCUUCCCGCCAUUGCAGGCGGCAUCGGCAUGGUGGCCAUUCAAUGGGGCAAGACGAUCUCUCUGCUGGCAUGUUUGAUCCUCGCGGGCAAUACCUACGGCAUCACCUACAUCAUGGCUCUGGGGUGGACCACGUCGACGGCCGCCGGAUACACGAAGAAACUAGCCCGCAACGUUUUCUUCAUGGCUGGCUACGGCAUUGCAAACUUGAUCUCUCCACAGAUCUGGGUUCCACGAGAUGCCCCUCGGUAUUAUUCUGCGUGGAUCGUCCAGAUCGUAAUCAGCUGGGUCGGUACCCCGGCUAUCCUCCUGGUGAUCAACUGGAUUCUCUCCCGUCGGAACAAAGAGCGUCGCACGUGGAUCGCAGAGCAAGAGGCUGCCGGCAAGACGAGGACUGGAGUGAUCGAGCAGAUUGACGCUGACGGCAAUAGAACAGAGGUGGAGGUGGACAUUUCUUUGCUGGAUUUGACGGACCUGGAGAACAAAUACUUCAUCUAUCCCCUCUAG